AAAAGGAUGGCGAUGACGUCUUCACUAGUGUGACAGGACCGCUUCCCCCCUCCCUGUAAUGAGCAUGCGCAGCACCUACAUUGUCCCCCACCCUCACCACCUGAUAGAUUUCCUGAACCUUAUAUGUCGGGAGGCGACUUCUUGAAGAUUUACCGAUACUGGGCAACAGAAAUCCGAGCUACUGAAUGGCAGUGACAGCAAAAUAAUCCUUCUUUGUUCCCAGUUAAUGUAGUCUGGAUUUUACAUCCCCCAGAUAUGGAAUAAACUUUGAAGUAGUACAGUGAUGAUUCUCCAGCACUUGAGAACUAUAUUCAGAGUUACAAGCCUCUGCCUUCCAAGUUCACAAGUACAGCAUUAUUUAAAUAUCAAUAAAAGAUGUCUGAAUACUAGGUUAGUUCAUGGUCGAAGAAGGGUUGUUGUCACAGGUAUAGGAUUAGUAUCUCCUCUUGGUGUUGGAACCCAGUUGGUUUGGAACAAUCUUCUCAAAGGAAAUUGUGGGAUCGUUGCCCUUGAAGGGGAAGAAUAUGCUUCUGUCCCUUGUAAAGUUGCUGCUUGCGUGCCAAAAGGGGUUGAUAAAGGUCAGUUCCAUGGAGAAAAUUUUAUAAUAAAAUCAGACAGCAAAGCUAUGUCUUCUGCCACCAUCAUGGCCAUAGGUGCUGCUGAUCUAGCAUUAAAAGAUUCUGGUUGGUCUCCGCAAUCUGACGAGGAUAGUUUGAAAGCUGGUGUGGCUAUGGGAAUGGGAAUGGUUCCACUGGAAGAUAUCUCAGAUACAGCCUUGACAUUCAAAACAAAAGGCUACAACAAAGUCAGCCCCUUUUUUGUUCCAAAGAUUUUGAUCAAUAUGGCAGCAGGUCAUAUUAGUAUCAAACAUCAGUUGAAAGGACCAAACCAUGCUGUGUCCACUGCUUGUACUACUGGAGCACAUGCCGUCGGAGACUCUUUUCGAUUUAUAACUAAUGGUGAUGCUGAUAUGAUGUUGGCUGGAGGAACGGAAGCUUGUAUUAGCCCAUUGUCUCUGGCUGGAUUUGCCAGAGCUCGAGCUCUGAGCACUAGCUUUAACUCUAACCCUCAAAAAGCUUGUCGUCCAUUCCAUCCACUAAGAGAAGGAUUUGUUAUGGGAGAAGGUGCUGCAGUUUUGGUUUUGGAAGAAUACAUGCAUGCUAGCCAGAGAGGAGUCAAACCAUAUGCAGAAAUUUUAGGCUAUGGACUGUCAGCUGAUGCCUGCCACAUUACAGCACCUGAUCCAAAUGGAGAUGGAGCUUUAAGGUGCAUGUCUGCAGCAAUCAAAAAUUCUGGAAUUUCUCUGGAAGACAUAACAUACAUCAAUGCUCAUGCCACCUCUACUCCACUAGGAGACGCUGCAGAGAAUCAAGCUAUCAAAGACCUUUUUAAAGGUCAUGCUUCUGCUCUUGCAGUCUCCUCAACUAAGGGAGCAACAGGUCAUCUCUUGGGUGCCGCAGGGGCUAUUGAGGCAGCUUUUACUGCUUUAGCUUGUUACCAUAGAAUUUUGCCACCUACUUUAAAUCUGGAUCAGACAGAGCCAUUAUUUGAUCUCAAUUAUGUUCCUCUAGUACCACAAGAAUGGAAAAGUAAAAAGCGGCUUAUUGCUCUCAGUAACUCCUUUGGUUUUGGUGGAACUAAUGCAUCAUUGUGUUUUGCCAGUAUUUAAUCUUGCAAUAUCUAUAUGUAAGUACCAUGCUCCCUCCUCCAUUUACCUACCAACCAAUUAUAAGUAUAAAUGUAAAUCAUUUGUCUAUUUUUUAAUUCACAUCUUUUUUUACUAGUGCUUGCUUGUUCCUUUGAAUGCUUUGCUUCAGCUGAAUUUCUGAGGAUUAGAACUUCUUCAUUAAAAGGAUGUGAAAGGUUUCAAAUUCAGAAAAUUUUUAAUUCGUAAUACCCCAUGGGGUUGAAACAGUUGAAACAGAAAAUUUUAAGUGAGUGAACACCUACUCUGAAUCAAAAAGGAAAUUCAGUUAUUGUAUCCCAUUUUUAUUUUGUUUUAAACUGUUAUCCACAAGUCAUGUAUUCAGGUUAUGUGGCCAGAUACAAUUUAUUAAAUAAAUAAAUAUUCCCUGAAUUUCUUUAAUCUAGUGUCUGUGCCAUUUUUAUGCACACUAAAGAGAAAGAUAGACUAGUCAAGGAUGCUUCUUCAUUUUUUUAGUUCCCAAUUUUUUUGUCUACUUUCUAUUUCUUUCCAUUGUAUAACAUUUCUGAGCUGAUUAUUUUCUUCCUUUAUGAGUGGUUGGUUCGGUGAAAAGUCCUGGAAUUUGCUUUUCUAAGCAAAUAAGUUUAACUAGAGAAAUUACUUCUAUUUGCUAAAUAUCAAUGUUUUGCGUGUUGUCUAUAAUAGAUAGUUUCAUAUCAUAAAAUGUCUUAGGAACCCAACUACAUAGCAAUGUUAAAAGGAAAAUUUUUAAACAAAUGUAAUAUUGAAAAUGCAGUGAUAGAAACAUGUAUCAAUUAAAUAUAAAAUAAUUUGUUUUUAGUUUAAACGAGUAAUGAUAAUAAUACCUAGUAAUGAUAAUAAAAUCCAGACUAACAUAAAAAGUUAAAGAUUGUAUGUUGUUUGUAUAUAAUUUGUAUAUAAUUGGGGAAGAUAUUGAACUAAUAUGUUAUCACCUAAAUUAAAAUCCUAACAUCUUCAAA